UUGCUGUCUGGUUACUUUUUCCCUGCACUGUUGAGUUAUUAAAUUCUGCCUCUGCCUCUUUUCAUCAUCCUCAUAAUAAAUUCCUCAUCAAGCACCACUGACUUUCUCCCACUUCCAGCUUAUCCAACUGGAAGGAGGAUUUUGCUCUCAAUGUUUCCUACUGUCCUUCUUCUCACCUCCCAGCCAUGAUGCAUGUGGAAAUUAGGUACCAGUCAGGCAAAUGGUACCUUGGUGUCUCUGUACCUCAGACUGACACUGUGCUGUGCUCGUCUCUUGCCUGUACCCACUUGCUGCCUGGUUUUGCUAUGAACUUUAGGUGCAAAAACCAGCACAUUGUUUAGGGUCUGGAGCAAAUCCCAUCACCAAGCACUCCAACAGAACAAGGAGUAAAUAUUUCUGCUACUCUGUAGAGCAGUAUGGAAUAAAAAAAGUAUGCUCUUGUAGGAAAAGGGGAUAUUUGUGGCCUGUAGACAGUAAGACAAGAGAAGCUAUGGAAAGCCUGAGGUCUGGGGUCAUUGGCCUGGCAGUUACAGUAUGGCUGAGCUCAUCUGACCCAAGUGAAAAUGAGGUUUCAGGCAUUUCCAGCUCCUCAGUGAGUGUGCACACACUUCUUUUGUUCAUCUGUUUUCUCAAUUCUUGUUGAAACUUGUCAAUGAAACCUCCUCCUCUGCCAGCUCUUGUGUGUUUGAUCUUUCAUAAACAGUGUGUGAAGCCAUUUCCAGAACCCACUGCAGCAGCAUUACUGCUCUAAGGCAAAAAUGUCAAGACCAGUGCAAUCUCGGAGGCUGGAGGGAGUGGAUAAGAAUAUCUGGGUGGAGUUUGUAAAACUGGCUGCCACCUACUCCAGGGUGAACCUGGGCCAGGGCUUCCCUGACUUCCCCCCACCGGACUUUCUGAAGGAGGCGUUAGAGACAGCCCUCAGCAGGGAGAACUACAUGCUGCACCAGUACACCCGGGCCUUCGGACACCCACCUCUGGUGAAGAUCCUAGCCCAGUUUUAUGGGAAGCUGCUUGGACAGGACCUGGAUCCUAUGACCGAUGUGAUGGUGACUGUGGGGGCAUACCAGGCCCUUUUCUGCUGCUUCCAGGCUUUUGUUGAUGAAGGCGAUGAGGUGAUAAUCAUUGAGCCCUUCUUUGACUGCUAUGAGCCAAUGGUGACAAUGGCUGGUGGGACACCAGUGUUUAUCCCACUGAGACCGAAAGCUCCAGAAGAUGGAAAAAUGAUGUCUAGUGCAGACUGGAAGCUGGACUCAGCUGAACUGGCUUCUAAAUUCAAUGAACGGACAAAAGCCAUUGUCCUGAACUCACCCAACAACCCUCUGGGCAAGGUGUUCAGCCAAGGAGAGCUGGAGCUCAUUGCAGACCUGUGUGUGAAGCACGAUGUCCUGUGCAUCAGUGAUGAGGUGUACGAGUGGCUGGUCUAUGAUGGGAAGGAGCACAUCCGCAUCGCCAGCUUGCCAGGGAUGUGGGACCGCACAGUGAUCAUUGGGAGUGCUGGGAAGACCUUCAGUGCCACUGGAUGGAAGGUAGGCUGGGCUGUGGGACCCAACAGGCUGCUGCAGCACAUCCGUACCAUGCACCAAAACUCAGUGUACCACUGUGCCACAAUUGCCCAGGAGGCUGUGGCUCAGGUUUUCCAGAGGGAGUUCAUGCUCUAUGGGAAACCAGACAGCUACUUUGCCCAACUGCCCAAGGAGCUGCAGAAGAAGAGAGACUGGCUGGUCCAGAGCCUGGAUGCUGCGGGGAUGAAACCCAUCAUCCCUGAGGGCACCUACUUCUUGUUGGCAGACAUCUCCAACUUCAAAUCUGAUGUCCCUGAUGUCCCCAACUCUGAUGAGCCCUACGACUCCAGAUUUGCCAAGUGGAUGGUCAAGAACAAGGGGCUUGCUGCUAUUCCACUCUCUGCUUUCUACUGUGGGGCCCACAAGAAUAACUACAGCCAUUUCAUCCGGUUCUGCUUUGCAAAGGAGGAAGCUACACUGAAGGCAGCAAAUGACAUAUUGCAAAAAUGGAAACAGGAGAAAACCAGUCCCUGAGUGUGCUGGAGAGAGAACCAGGCUCUCCUUGGUCCUCACCUGCCCCGACUGCUCUUCCUUCCUCUUACUUUGCUUGGCUCCACUUUGGUACGUUCUUAUUGUCCCCGUUCUCUGCCAGACAAAUGGCAAGAGGUUUGCCAGGCCCAGGCCCUGGGGGACACUUUCUGUCACUGUGAAAUGAUUGCACUGCUCCUUCAAGAAGCGAGUAUCCGACAUUUUUCUUAUGUUUGAAGACUUUGCUAGCCAGUUCUGGGAUGCAUCCUGCAGGAUGCAAGGUAAGGAUGGCUCCUGGGGGCUUUCCCACCACCGUAUUAUGAAAAGGCAUCUCAGGACCUACCUUUAAGGCCAUGCUGGGGCCUUAGCAUGUACCCCAGGGCACAGGGCAGCAUUUCCACCAGCACCACGUUCCCACGGGACCGUGCAGUAUCAGCACUCAUCAGUAGGUUGAUUCCUAUGAUCCUGAAAAUUAGAAACCCAGUGAAAUGCUCUUUCCCAGAAUUGACAAUUUCCCCAUUAUUCUUUUCUGUGCAUCUCUGGGGAAGGUGACCACAGAAGGGUCACUGGUUACUUCCAGGGAAACAGGCUUUCAUAAAUAGCCUGGCUAUUGCCAAACCUUCCCUGAGCACCCCCAAACUACUCCUGGCUCUUUGUCAGGGCUCGGCAGCAUCAUCCAGGCUGCAAAGCAAAACCUUCAGGCCUUUGACAACCGCACACAGUGGCCAGGGAGGACAGGUACAGUGGCCUCAGGCUGCUCCUGUUGCUGGUGACCCCUGCAGCCUCCCACCCACCACCUCAUGGGUGGUGGGGUAACGUGAGCAGCAUUUUGCAAGGUCAUUCUUGCAUCAUUCUCGAUUUCCACCUGGAUAACGAUGUAAAGCAGCAUCAUCAAUCACGCAACAGACUGUGCAAUAAGUAUUUGUAGCGGUUAAAUUAUUAAAGUGGAAUUGCUGCAAUUA